GGUCGGCGCACACAGAGAUUUUACGUGGGAAGCCAAUGCGACCAACCCAUGGCCCACUUUGCUAAAAGGAGGCUACCGCUUUCAUCUUCAUGUAGCACCGAAUUUUUGGUGUGUAUAAGAGUGGUACCACUUCUGUCUACUCUGUCCCGACGAAGUGACAUUGAGGGCUGGUCGCUUUGUUGGUUUCGUGGUGUAUCAUAGAUCAAGAUCGACGGAUGUUCACGCUAUCGCACGCUCGGACUUUGGAGGCUCCAUGCCGACCGACGGUUCCGCCAGAAGAACCUGCUGAACAUGAAAGCGCCUUGGUGGACCCGUCGCUAGACGCAAUCGACCAUGUGCAGGCUGCAGAUCCCCUCCACAACAAGCAGAUUAUCCAUAUUGACUUGCUGAAUACGGAACUCUUGGAUCCGGAAUGCGAAGCUGUCCUGGAAACGAUGGACUCGUGUGUAGGCUGCGUGGAAGGAGUUGACGAACAGCAUGUCUACGAAGAAAAAAUGAUUGAACACGCCAUUCACCGAAAGGCAGCUGUGGAACAGCAUGGUCUAUCAGAAGCUGAGGCUGCCAUGAUUCGGCUGAAUAUCAUGGAGGAAGAGAGAGACGACAUGGAUAAGCAAAAUCAUGACUCGGUGAUCCCGGACCUUGAUAUUUUGAACCUGUGCGGAAACGAUGAUGAUUUGGAAGAUGCACACGAGACGUUCCUUAUUCCUCCCACUCAGGAAGUCAUGUCCUGCGCCGAUAUCGUUGACGAAGAGCUGAUUCUGGAGACCCGAAAGGACACAGAAGUUCGAGAUGGCAUUGUGAUUGGCCAAGACAUCAAUGCUCUCCAAUGUGCUAUCUGCUUCGAUGAGGCUUUGACAGGAGGAAACGUCUCCUUGAACAGAGUCAAGUUUGCCAACCUUCCUUGCUGUGGUGCCCAAGAGUAUGGUUCCUCAGCAACGUUUAUCAAGGUUUGCACGUCCUGUAUUCUCGUCCUGACCAGUCCAAGCUCAUCGGGUGCCCAUCGGGUGGGGCGAUGUCCCCGGUGCCUGAACUGGAUCAGGGUGAAGAUUCCUGAACCCGCCGAGCGGAAUGUGGUGUCUGUGGAGAAGGUGCAUGUAUCGGGCAAAUGCUUGAUCUGUAACCAAAACAAGGACUACCUAGUCGACAACGACAGUGUCUGCGACUCUUGUUUUUUGGGUCGCAGACAGCCACUCAAGUAUGAAUGCCAGCAGUGCCACUGCGUACAGAAGAUCCCGCAUCCCAUGUAUCGGUAUCAAAAGACAAAAGACGCCUUUGGAAAUGUCACCUGGGCUUGUCAAGGGAAGUGCGGCAGAUUUACCAAGUGGAUGAUUCGACCGGAGGAGGUUCAUCGAAUUCCGCUCGGAGAUGCUCCAAAAAGCUGGGGGACGGACUAUAUCAAGAUUGCCCGCGACCGAGUUCAGAUACUCCGACAAGACUUGGUAGGUGACAGCAGCAAGAAGGCUCAAAAUGCAUUGACGUCCUCAGGGAUUGAUGAGGAGGAUCCAUCCCAAUGCUUGAUUCUUUAGGCUUCCGUUGACAAGGAGUUUCCAUCCCUCUAUUAGCUUUACUAGCGGUCGGUAUCCGGUUUUUGCUGCUUUUACGGACUUGGAGGAAGUUGUGCUGGCGCUAGUAAGAUGAGAUGCGUAUGCCGUGCAAGGAUCAAUGCAGGAACCCUUUCAUCCUCUCAGACCGACGAAAGCCACUCAUAACGUACACUAUAGGAAUGAAAUAAUGCCCACUUUUUAUUUUU